AUGUCUACCUCUUACUCCUACGCUCAACUCUCCGCAGAAAACCUGGACGUCAUCUCCACAUACAUCGCACGAGUCCGACCAGCCGUCUGUCAGAGAGUAGAUUGUCCCCAGUCUGGCGACAUCGUACUCCAUGGUAAAGAGGCUUUGGAGCUAUUCGAACAAGAAAUCUUGGACAUCCCACAACAAGAGCGUGAGGACUCCGAAAACGUCGAAGUCCUCGUGGCCGAUACUGUGCUCAUCAUCAAUCGUCGACUCGACGAUCUGGAAGAGGAGCAGGGAUACGCUAAUGACGCGCUACGGCGCAUCGAGGACGUAGCGCCCCAAUACCUCGCACGCGAAAUGGGCAUCCGAAGGGCUCAUGACGACGCUACUAGGGUGCGCCAGGAGAUAAAAGUUCAGACCAUAGAAUUCCUUGUGAGGUUAAGUGCCGCUUACGUAGCCUGGUUACCUGAACAUCGUUUCCGCGAAGGACAAGCGUUGGCGGAACAGAUCAACGAGAAUUUGGAAUGGUAUGAAGCCCAGCAAACACAACUGUUAGGAGAGAACGCUCUUGACUAA